CUCUUGUGUCUUAUAUGUGAUAAGCUUCUGUUUUUGCCUUACGUCCGCACUUAUGAUUGAAGGCAUCGAUAUUGCAGAUCUUGACGGAGAAAUUCAAGACCAUGGAUACGUCCGCAAUUAUAGCUUGGAAUCCGCUACCCUGCACCGAACUUCAUUAUUGGAUGUAACUUUGCCCGGUCAAUUUUGCCAUGGCUAUCAGCAAUUGCCAGUUCAAUCUAAAGGACGGCCGCGAUUAAGAGCUUCUCCCGGUUCAAUACUCAACCCACGUUGUUUAAAACAUGGCCCUAUAACGUCAAGGCAGACCAAUACAGAGAAAGGGGUUAUUAGCUGGUAUGGAACACAGGAACAGUGGACACCAGACUCCAGAACAUUCUCCGAUGUCCUGAACUUUCAACAAGGAAUUGGUGGACAGCUUUUGGCAGUCGACUCUCCUUAUAGUGAUGGCAACACCAUUUCCACCUCUUCAUUUACAAUUCCACCUCACAUAGAAGUUGGCAGCCCUUAUACUGUGUACUGGAUGUGGAAUACAACAGAGAUAGUAGACCAUGGCUGGCUGGUAUACACAUCUUGCAUGGAUAUUGACAUUGUGGAAUCAGCAAGUGCUACCAACAAAUAUUUAAUUCCCGGCACUUCAACAUGCCCAGUUCCACCAUUCGCAAAUACCGAGCUAUGAAAACCCAAGCAGCCCCCCGCGCGGGGGGCUACCUGUAUUUAGAUGAUAGAUGGUAGUUUUCGCUAGACGAUAGGCAGUUCCGAUCUGCCCGUCGUAUGUCCCGCACCGGGACCAGGGCUUUUCCGCGUCCGAGGUCUUUAAUCCAAGGAUGCGUGGAAAGACCCGAACCUCGACGUAAAAUAGAA